GUGUCUCUCGCAGAGUUGGAGGAUGCUCUGUUGAGAAACCUGUUUCGUGGGUACCAGAAGUGGGUCCGUCCAGUCCAACACGCCAAUGACACCAUCACUGUCCGCUUUGGCCUCAAAAUCUCUCAGCUCGUCGAUGUGGAUGAGAAGAACCAGCUGAUGACCACUAAUGUCUGGCUCUGGCAGGAAUGGGUUGAUGUAAAACUAAAGUGGAACCCAGAUGAAUAUGGCGGCAUUACUUCUAUCCGUGUACCAUCUGAAACAAUAUGGCUCCCAGACAUCGUCCUGUAUGAGAAUGCUGACGGACGUUUUGAAGGCUCCCUCAUGACCAAAGCCAUAGUGCGUUGGGAUGGGACAAUCACUUGGACACCCCCGGCCAGUUACAAGUCUUCCUGCACCAUGGACGUCACCUUUUUCCCCUUUGAUCGACAAAACUGCUCCAUGAAGUUUGGCUCUUGGACUUAUGACGGCAACAUGGUGGACCUGGUUUUGGUGGAUCAUUAUGUAGACCGUAAAGACUUUUUUGACAAUGGCGAGUGGGAGAUACUGAACGCCACUGGAGCAAAAGGAAGCAGGCGGGAUGGGGUGUACUGGUACCCUUUUGUGACAUAUUCAUUUAUUCUCAAAAGGCUGCCACUCUUCUAUACUCUGUUCCUGAUCAUCCCAUGUUUAGGAUUGUCCUUCUUAACAGUUCUUGUGUUUUAUCUUCCAUCGGACGAAGGAGAGAAACUGUCCCUGUCCACGUCUGUGCUAGUGUCGCUAACUGUGUUCCUCCUGGUCAUAGAAGAAAUUAUACCUUCAUCCUCUAAGGUGAUACCUCUAAUCGGGGAGUACCUGCUCUUCAUUAUGAUCUUCGUCACCUUCUCCAUAAUUGUCACUGUGUUUGUCAUCAACGUGCACCACCGCUCCUCCGCCACCUACCACCCCAUGGCCCCUUGGGUAAAGAGCCUGUUCCUGCAGAGACUGCCCCGCCUGCUGUGUAUGAGAGGACACACUGACAGAUAUCACUACCCUGACAUCGAGCUGCGCAGCCCUGAGCCAAAACCGCGCAGAGGGGCGAGGAGGGGCGUGCCGGGACAUAGCAGUGGGCAGCAGAGGUGCACCAUGGGAGCCAAGGAGGAAGAGGACUGGCUGACGAUGCUGGAGAAGGCCACUAACUCAGUCCGCUACAUCAGCUGUCAUAUCAAGAAGGAGCAUUUUAUCAGAGAGGUGGUACAAGACUGGAAGUUUGUGGCUCAGGUUUUGGACCGGAUCUUCCUUUGGGCCUUCCUCACAGUCUCCAUCUUGGGAACCAUCCUCAUCUUCACCCCAGCUCUGCAUCUGUACCUCAGCACACCAUCAUGA